CGAUGCAAUGCAACGGAGGUGCAAUGCCAUGCAAUGGAGAUGCUAAAGCAGGGUAUAAAUAAUAACAAUAAUAACAAUAAUAAUAAUAAUAAUAAUAAUGGAGAUGCACUGCGAUACAAUGCAAUGCAACAGAGAUGCUAAAGCAGGGUAUAAAUAAAUGUAAUAAUAAUAAUGGAGAUGCAAUGCGAUAUGAUGCAAUGCAGCAGAGAUGCAAUGCAAUGCUGUUUUCUGAGUGUUGCUCUUUAUUUACUGUCCUGACUUUUUAUAGUCUUUAAAAAAAAAAUACUGGGAGCCAGAUUGUGUUCAUUUCCAUGGUUUAUCUUUUAUUGGAGAGAAUUAUGCCUUUGGGGCUGGAUUUUUGCAAAGAAGGCGCAUCUACACCGCACCCUUAACGCGGUUCAGGACCGCUUGAAUUGCCAGGCCUCUUUUAUGCAGAAACCCCCUUUGGCCACGCCCACAUAAGCGGAGGGGGGCGUGGCCUGAUUUGCAUGAAGUUGGUCCCUGUCCAGGGUUGUCGCGUGGGCUGGAAGGAAGGAGGGAAGGAAGGAAGAAAAAGAAGGAAGGAGAUCUCAAAGAGGAAGAGGAGCAGGAGGAAGAGGAAAAGAGGAGGAAGAAGGGAAGAAGAAAAGGAAGGAGAGGAGGAAGGAAGAAAAAAGGAAGGAGACGUCGGGGAGAAAAUAGGAGUCGCAUCCCGGGAGAAGCGGGCAAGCCCGGGCUUGCAUUUCAAGUCAGUCGCUCCUUGCAAGAAAGCAAAGCAGAAUUUAUCUUCCAAGGAAUUUGCUAUUAAAAUGGCCAAAGAAGCAGUGUUGAUGCUCUUCCUGAUGUUCGCGAGUCAGGUGCCACGCUUUCCUGCCAAUCCGCUCGAAUGCCGAGAGAACGAAUACCUGGACGGCAUUUCCGGGAAAUGCAGCCCUUGCAAGCCGUGCGGGCCCGGGAUGGAGCUCUCGCAGGAGUGUGGCUUCGGCGAAGGUGCGCAUGCGCGGUGCGUCCCUUGCCCUCCACGUCGGUUCAAGGAGGUCUGGGGCCUCCAGCGGUGCAAACCGUGCGCCUCGUGCGGCCUCAUCAACCGCCUGCAGAGGUCCAAUUGCACGGCCUCCUCGGACGCAACCUGCGCACAAUGCUUCCCCGGUUUCUACAGCAAGACGCAGAUCGGAGGCGUCCGGGGCCUGGAGUGCGUCCCGUGCACCAAGCAGACGCCUCCCUCCGAACUGCAGUGCCGCACCGUGGUCAGCCCGGAGCAAGAGGGUGUCCCUUUGCUCCCCGCCCAGGACGCGGCCCUCCUGGCCUUGACCGUCGGCGCUCUGGCCAUCGCCCUGCUGGUCACCCUGGCCGCCUCCAUCCUGUGCGGCCGGCGCUUCUGGAAGAGGCAGUGCCAGCGCGUCCUUUUCCGCAGCCGGAGCCUCCCGGUGCCGAGAGUGACCUUCCAAGCGCCGGCCUUCCCGACGGAUGACCCGGCAUCGGAGGCGUCUUGCUCCUGCGACGGAAACACCAGGCCUUCGGAAGGUCCCUGGGGGGCUGGGCCCUGUCUCCCGGGAGCGGAAGGGGUGCCCAGCCUGGGGGAUCCGGGGGGUCUCGGGUUCCCGUCCUGUGUGGCCGAGGGGCAGCCCCACCGCUGGACACGCGUCCCCGUGGAGUGCACCGAGACCGACCUGCAGAGGUUCUCUGUCCUGGGCGAGAUGGAGGCGUCGCCCACUUCGUCCUUCCGGGAUCCCGUCCCCGAAAGCGGGGAGCCGGUGAUCUCCCCGUUGCCGCUUUGCAAAAACGUCAGACGGUAGAAGACAGCGGUUGCAAAGCCGCAUCUCGACUCAAAGCCUCUCCUGCCAUCAAGACGCCUUUUGGAAAUAAGACAUGGAAGGAAAGAAAAACCCGGGGAUUAUUUUGAAUGCCAUAUAUAUGUGCAUCCAGAUGUAUUUCCACCUCAUUUCAGGGAUGAAGAAGACCUUGCACCAGCAUUGUCUCCUUGUCCAAAAAGCUGCUGGGUUGCAACUGAUCUGCCCAAUGAGCUUGAACCUUGUCGUGAUUUAUUUGCUCCCUACUUUUUGCAAAGGGUUUUGCAUCCGUUUCCCACUGUUGCAACCAAGCAGCUGGCAGUGGGUUUCGAUGUCUUUCUCAUCUGUCAACGUGAGAUCUACCUUUGUGCCGUUUUAGUUCCUGGAUUAAUCUUGAUGUUGUUUUGGGAAGAAAUGGGUGGAAGGUGACUGCCUUUUGCACCAGCUUUGCAUUGGUUUGCAAUGGCCUGUGGAGUUCAAUCUUCUGUCUUCCUUGGAAAUGGACCUGACUUCAUAGAUCAAACAAACACUUGACCCGUUUUCAAGCAGACAGAUGAGUUUGGUGUUGAUUUGUUAAUAUUUUUGCAUUUGGAGGAAGAAGGUCCUCUCUUUCAAAACCUUCUCCUUUCGAGGAAAGUGUCUUUGUCUUUGGAAACACUUUAAACACUGAGUUUUAAAAAAAUAAUAUUUCUGACAUUUAUACCUGUUUGUUUACAAAUGUGACUUUUACCUUUUGACAUUUGAGGACUGACAUUUAUAACUAUUUGUUUACCUUUGCUUUUGUUUUGACCUUUGGGGACUUGAAUGGGGAGGAGUUACUAUGUUUUGCAAUUGUCCUUGUUCUGUUCUUCUGCAGAUUGAGACCUUUGGCCGAAGAAUGUGAAUUUUUCUUUUUAAAUUGCUCAAAUAUUACGGAGAGAAAAGAUGCGUAGAGCUGGUUGAGGCACCGCAGAUGUGACUCUUGCAAUGCUGGGUUUCGCAUCCGUCUCUCAGUCUGAAAUCUACCCAAUGCCCUCAUAGGUUUCAAGGUAUUAACGUAUCACAGAGAUGGGGAAGACGAGUCUCCAUUGGACUGCACGUCUCAGCACUGGCAAGGAGGAUGCUGGGAUUUAUAGUCCAAAUCCUUCUCUUGUGGGUCUACUCUAUUUUUGGCCCAUGUCUCUUUGUUCAAUGCAAGGGAUGCCACUCUUCUGCAGAAAAGUCCAUGGCAUUUUAUUAUCCCCAUUGCUUUUAGGGCCAGAAAGGGACUCUGGCUGCAACCCUUUGCAGGCGCAUGAUGCCAUUGCCACAAGAGUGCUGCCCAUGGCUCCGUCCUCCCUUUAUUUUGAAUGCAAGCGUCAUCUAAGCGCUGCUUUGUUGUCCCCGUUUCCUGCCCAAGCCGUGACUUCAUCCUCCCUUUUUGUGGAUUUUUUUUUGCAAGGAUCGAAGUCUCACCCUUUGCAUCGGGCUAUGAAUGGCUCCUAUGGCAGCAUCCGUUCAGUCCCAGACUUGAGCUCAAUGCGAGACACAAAAGGCUUCCGGCUCUAGCGUUUGGGGCUAAUUUCCAUCUUCAGUUGAGAGAAAAAAACACAAACCCCGUUGCACAUUGCACUUGGUUAUUUUAAUUGCAUUUUCCUCGCAAGCAUAGAUGUGUUGCCCAUAUGUAUAUAUACCACAAACCUAUGAAAUCCGUCUAGGAUAUGGGGAUAUGGGAGCCUACACCGCCCAGGAGCCAAGGAUCUGAUCCCAGAUGAUCUGUUUUAAUGUUUUUUCUAGCUUUAUCAUAAACAAAUGAGAUGAAUGAACAAACUCUCUAAGGUGCUGAAACUCUUUCAAAUUUAGGAACCGGUACCUUGGAGAGCUCCCUCCGUUUCUUGGCGGAUCAGGAAUAUUUUGCAAUGUCUUUAUUAUUUUUAAUUUGGUGGCAAUGCAGGUAUACACUCAAAUAUACACACAUAUAAACAUACAUGUGCACAUACAUACAUAUAUACAUACACAUACUCAUACACAUAUAAAUACAUAUACAUGCAUAUAUACAUCUGCAUGCAUACACACAUACACAUACACACAGGCAUACAUAUGCAUAUAUGUAUACAUAUGCAUGCAUAUACAUACAUGAAUACACAUAAAUAUAUACACACAGGCAUACAUAUGCACAUAUGUACAUAAACACACACACACACACACACACAUAUAUAUAUAUAUAUGCAUACUUACAUACACAUGCAUGUAUACACACAUGCAUACAUACGCACAUAUAUACAUGCAUAUACAAACAUAUAUGCAUGCAUACACAUGCAUGUAUACACAUAUACACACAGGCAUACAUACGCACAUAUACAUACACACAUAAAUAUAUAAACAUAUUUAUACAUGCAUAUAUACAUUUGCAUGCAUUCACAUGCAUGUAUACACAAAUAUAUACACAGGCAUACAUACACACACAUAUAUACAUAUACAUGCAUAUAUACAUAUGCAUGCAUACACAUCCAUGUAUACACAUACAUACAUAUAUACAUGCACAUACAUAUGUACAUAUAUACUGAUACACACAUAUUACAUAUAUAGAUACAUACAUGCAUGCUGCCUAUCAGUCCCAUUUGGACUGAACAUUUGGGAGGGGUCCCUGAACUGACUUUCCUCGUCUUUGCAGCCCAGGCUUAAAUAUAUUUAUUCUUUUUGAUUUUAAAAAUGGGCUUGAUGUUUACAAUGGACUCGCAACCCUUUUGUCCUUGAGCUAUAAACUUUCAAAAUAUUUGCAUUAACUUUUGCUGACGUUUCACCAAGUUGGGACUGUUAUUGUUCUUUUCAAUCAUCUCCUGUGUUUCGUUUGGAUCCUUGAAUCUCGGACGUUUAUUUUCCUGGGGAAAAAAUGCAGGAUUUUAAUUGCAAACUUUGGAAACUUUCCAUGUGUGUUGAUGAAUGUAUUUUUAUUUCUUGAGUUAAAUACUUAAAAUAAAUGUAUUUUCUACUUG